UGUCAUGCGUUGAUUAUCACUUUAGUUUCGGACGUGAUAAGAAAAUUUUUUAUUCACAUGUGCAGUUCAAUCCCCAACUUUAGGCUGUAGUUAGAAACUGCCUUUCAGGGCAGAAAGCACAUUCUAUUUGGAGUGAGUGGACUACAUGCUUAAUUAAUCAACAACCAUGCUACUAAAUUAUCCUUCUGAUUCUAAAAUUUUUUUUUUAUACCAUCACAACAAAUGUACACAUGGCAGAUUUCAACUCACUGUAAUCCCUAACUCAACUCAUAGCCAGAAGUAGGAGUCUGACGUAACCACAAAAACCUCACCUGCCCUUGAUUAUAGAUCCUUACUUCCAUAUGUCAACUUCCCAAGGGUCUUAGGCCAAGCACGUUCAAGCCCAUAAGCACCAUGCAACGUAUAAAGAAGACUUAGUUUGAUAGACUUGCAAGUCAUUCUUGUAUUUCUACAGCUGUUUACAUAUGACACUGGUGAGGGAGAGAAAGGAAAAGCAGGCCCUGAGGCUCACUGUACCCCCAGUUUCUAGUUCUUGGCAUGGGUUUCUAUCACCAUCACCAAUAUCAUCCUCAAGCUCAAACUCUCCGACCAUCACUAACCUCGCCGAUUUCGAGAAACUUGCUGUUCUUGGACAUGGCAAUGGAGGAACAGUCUAUAAAGUUUUCCACAAGCCAACAGGUGCAAUUUAUGCAUUGAAAGUACUCAGGUUUGGCGAAGAUAUCGAAAGGGUUCAGCAGCAGUCUUUGAACGAGAUGGGGAUACUCAGAAGAUUGGACUCAGAUUGUGUUGUAAUGUGUCAUGGGGUGUUUGAGAAUGGAUUUGCCGACAUAGAUGGAGGUGGUGAUCUAUGCUUUGUUAUGGAGUACAUGGAAGGAGGAUCACUCUAUGACCUCUUGCAGAAGCAUCAUAGGUUAUCUGAGGAAGCUAUUUCUGGCAUUGCCAGAAGUGUCUUGGAAGGACUGCACUAUUUGCAUUCAAUGCAUAUUGUUCACAGAGAUAUUAAGCCAUCAAAUUUGUUGAUAAACAGAAAAGGAAAGAUGAAGAUUGCAGAUUUUGGCAUCAGCCGACUUGUGGCAGGUUCUGAUAAACAGCAGUGCGAUUCAUACAUGGGUACUUACGCAUACAUGAGUCCGGAGAGAAUUGAUCCAGAAAGGUGGGAUGGAGUUUACUCUGAUGGAUUUGCUGGGGAUGUAUGGUCCCUGGGAGUGGUAAUAAUGGAAUGCUUCACAGGUCGUUUUCCUUUGAUUAAUCCUGGGGAGAAACCAGACUGGAUCACUCUCAUGUACGCAAUUUGUUUUGAAGAAACAUGGGAAAUGCCAGAAACUGCAUCAGCUGAGCUUCAGAACUUUGUAAGGAGGUGCUUGGUGAGGGAUUGGAGGAGUAGAGGAACUGUGGAGGAACUACUCUCUCACCCUUUUUCGACUAAAUUUCAGCAUGUUGCUCCCCAGAACCUGCUCUGUUACUCUUCUUGUGUCUGAAUGAUACUC